AUGGUUGGCUGCUGUCUAUCACCCGCUGACCAAAUUGAGGUCCUUCGUAAGCUAGCUGAAGAAGUUAUCAGGGUACGAAAGAUCCAAGAGACUGCAAAUGAUCUUGUUGCAAAUCCUUACAGACUUUAUACUUACGUUAUAAAAACGUCUGUAAACUGGCGCAAAAUUGCCACGGAGAUCAACCAAAAUCGCAACAGGAUCUACCACUGGUACCGUGAAACGCAUCUAAGAAACAUUCUGAACAUAAAGAUGACAGAAGAAGAUCGUCAGAUUAUCCGUGGAAUUAUCAUAGAUGGGAUUGAAAGCAGAAGGAUUGUGAGAGAAGACAUCUAUGGAAAGGUUCGCGAGAAAUUUGGGAAAAAGUAUCCACGCCAAGAAUUGCGGAUGACUUAUAACAAUAUAAUCAACAGCCGUAGUAUCAAAACCCUCUUCAAGAAGUGCGGUAUUCAGCAUUCCUCGAGACGCAGCAGAUCAUGUGCGGCCAUCCAUCACCCAUCUAGCGCAGAGCAGUGCCUCCCUAACGAGGAGGUGUUUAAACCACCCGUAUUUCGCCUACCUGGUUACAAUGAUGAAACCCCAUCUUCUCCUCAGGACGAAGACGAAACAGGGACGUCUGUACCUGAGAACUCGCUAUCUGCGCCACCAGAGUCUGUUGCUUGCAGCAUUGUCGAGCCAAGGAACCUACCAUCCAGCCUUUCCUUGGUUCCGCCCUUCGCGCCCACUCCUAGCGCUGCUCCGAAUGUUUAUCCGAUCCCGGGUGUCUAUCCGGCCCCUGGUGCCGUCCCUUAUCUCCAGGCGUCGGGGGUGCUCAGUCUACAGCCGACGCCCUACCCCUUCGGCUUCGGGGUGCCGCUGACAUACGUCCCUGUUCUGAUACAAUCGCCAGGACAUACUGGCGGAUGGCCCGUGGGCACGGGUGACGGUCCGCUCGGAAGGCCGACCAGGCAGCCCUGA